AGUCGAAUUUUGACAGGUCAAUACGACGCAGUUCUUGGAGCGCGGCUUGUUUUGCUCUCUGUCUGUCGUGGUGUUCUGUUUAAUCACAAACUCGAGUAACACUCGAUUCGGCCUCUGAAAAUACGUCGGCGGUGCAGUGACGGACUUGACUAGACGGUACGUGCAGUUUACGGUGGCCGACACACCCAAAAACGUUUCGUGGUCUCGAACUCCGCAAAAUGGCCGCAUUGGACGCUCUUCGCAGCACGCUUGUGCGCUAAAGCUCCCCGAAAUAUCUUUGCCAUCUUCGUAGGACUACAAAGUGCCGACAAUGCACGCCGUACAUGGCAGGAGAUUGCACUAGGUUGUUUCUGCAGCGAUACCUACUCGACUUUGUGCUCUUUAUAGCCAACUGGGUGCGAAACACUACCACCACCGGUCGCGACCGCAGGAUCAGGAUGCUGUACCUCGAAGAUUACCUCGAAAUGAUCGAGCACCUUCCUCAAGAGCUCCGGGACAGGUUCACAGAAAUGCGCGAGAUGGACCUUCAGGUUCAAAAUGCCAUGGACAGCCUAGAUGAAAGAGUGAAACAGUUCUUCGCCAACGCGCGGAAGAUGAAACCAGAGCAGCGAGACCAGGACUUUGAUAAGAUUCGAAAGGAUUACUACAAGGCCUUGGAGGAUGCAGAUGAGAAAGUGCAGAUAGCGAAUCAGAUCUACGACUUGGUGGAUCGCUACCUCAGGCGUUUGGACCAGGAGCUCCAAAAGUUUAAGAUGGAGCUUGAAGCAGACAACGCUGGCAUCACAGAGAUCCUGGAGAGGCGAUCACUGGAACUGGACAAGCCACCUCCAUCGAGCGCAAAGGCCGAAAAGCGGAAGCACGCGGCAACAACGUCCUCUACGCCGGGCGGCGUGUCGACGGGUCAGCAGGCGGAGAAGCGGCCCGCCACGGAGCGUGUUGUCGUGGCACCCGCGGAGCCGCCCGGGCGGCCGGUGGCCGCGGCCGGCGCGGUGGCGGUGGCGGCGGCGUCCACGGCCGUGGCGGGGGCGCCACCCCUCGCGCCACCCGACCGUCUGCUGCUGCCACCUGCGGCGCUCAGCUACGGCCUGGGCAGCAACGCCAUCGCAGCCGCCGCCUCGCAAGCCAUUGCCGCCACUCAACAGAUGCAGCAGGGGCGACGCACGGCCAGCCUGAAGGCGAGCUACGAAGCAAUCAACGCGUCCCUCCAGAGCCUGACGUCGCGCGAGUUCACCAUGGGCUCCAAGGACAUCGGGUCGCUGACCUCGCUCACACCGCCUCCGGCCCCCCCGACCCCGCAGCCGUCCCCCAACCCGACGCCCGUGCCCGUGGCGCCGGCCGCCGAGCCGCGCCGGUCGUCGUCCAAGAAGCACGGGCGCGGCGGGCAGCCCCCUCUGGUGGCCGGGGAGGACUCUGGGGACUCGCUGCUGCUGCUGGACGACAACCUGGACUGGGGCUGCGACCCCAACGAGCCCCGCUACUGCAUCUGCAACCAGGUCUCCUACGGGGACAUGGUGGCCUGCGACAACGACGACUGCCCGUUUGAGUGGUUCCACUACCCGUGUGUGGGCAUCUCCCAGCCUCCGAAGGGCAAGUGGUUCUGUCCCCAGUGCACCUCGGCCAUGAAGCGCAGAGGCCGCAAGGACCGCUGAGCAGCGCAUCACACAGAAUAAAGCCUACCCGGCAUCACAUUCACAACGCA